ACAGUAGUUUUUCUGCACUUCGCCACGUAGCACACUGCUACGCGAUCCUCAGAUGUUUGGAAUAUUUAGCUGUUUUACAAGGAAUAAGAUGACUGACCGCAGGAUAGAGCAAAUGGAGCCAAAGUUUACCCUGGAGCAGUUUAACCUGCUCGUCUGGUGUCCAUUGGUGAGAAACUUCAGCAGGCCGGCCUGCCGCGGGACAACAUGUUCAAAACCAUCCGCAUGAUGCAGCAGAGCUGUCAUUUAGGGGAGAAGUUACCUAUGUGCGUCACUGGACCACCGAUAUUCACACGUGAGCAGCUCAUCCUGCUGACGCGUCAGUUGUCGGUUUAUCAGAGUCUGCAGCAGACUGGUCUGUCAGAGGACAGCAUCUUCCACAUCAUGCCCUACAUGCAGCAACAUAUAACAACAAACAUCGAUAUCGACGAACUCCAUCAAAAUGGGAAAGAGUCAAAAGAGGAAAAAGCAGAGAAGGUAGAUGGUGAGGUCAUCCCCUGCGUAAAGACAUCUCUGGAGCAAAUCCCAGAUGAGAAGUUAAUGACAGAUGUGGACGAGUUAAUGCGGAAAAAUGGUACAGAUAUGACGGUCUUACAUUCCGAAAUCAAGACUUUUCUCCGUAUCCAUCACAUUAGUCAAGACACCGUGUCAAAACAAAUCGGCACCAGCCAGAGUGUGGUGUCAGCGUUUCUUUUACAUGGUCGAGGGCUGAAACCGGUCAAUAAAAGAGCACUCUAUACCUGGUACCUGAGGCAGAAGAGGAAUAUGUCAGGGAGUUCAGAUACCAAUUGCAGUCAGCAAAAUACCAUGAAGAGGACAUUCGAUUUGACACAGGAUGGCCCUGCUCAUUGCUUUGACCACAAGCAGCGCAGGGUUAUGGUAAAGUGGCCAUCAGCAGCUACAGUGAUACUGGAGAGGUACUUCCAGAUGGACACAAACCCCACCGAGAACCAGAGAGAAGAGAUCGCACGUGCCUGUAAUGACGAGUUACAAAAAGCAGGUGAAGAGUACCCUCAUGGCCAGCUGAUGACAUCAGCUCAAGUCCAGACAUGGUUCAUGGAUAGGUGGUUUCAGGAUGUAACAAAACAACAACGAAGUUAGCUUUGCGGAAAUAAGUUUCUCAAAGAUAUCAAAAAAUCGUACACUACCAGAUUUAACCCUAUCUAGACUGGAAUACCUGGGGCCGGGGGGGAGGGUUCUUUUGACUUUUUUUCCAUUUGUAAUUUCAAAACGGCUUGGGUUACAAUGAUAACAUUUGGAAGGGACAAUGUACUAUCAAAGCUUUAUGUUUUCUGUAAUGUUGGUAGCGUUCUGACGUUAUAUGACGUAAUAUGACGUAAUUAUGACGUCAUAGUAUCAUAUGUUUGACUUAAACCGUCUAGAUAUAAAAUUUCCGCCUUACGUAAAGGUAGCAUGACAAAGCAUGACAAUAAAGGGUACCUUAUUAGUAUGUAAGUCUGCCAAGUCUUUUGUUGCCUAUGUCGACGACACUGAGGCACAAUAACGUCAUAAAAUUACGUCAUUUAUUUUCUUGGAAUUGAUGCUAACAAAAUUUAAGGAAAAGUCACCAAGUUUCGUAGUCCUAGCACACGUCGUUCGACAGUUAUACGACGUCAAAGUUGGUGCGGGAACUUUUACCCCCCCCCCCCCGACUAGACUGGUCAAUAAGUAAAUAACAGUCUUUCUAUCAUUUCGCCUCUUCUUUCAAUAAUGGGUUUUCAUCAGACAAUAAAGAUAUAAAAUGAAUUACUCGAUCGUAGACCUUGCGUUACGAGUUGAGGUUCAGUUACAAAAGGUAAACAAGGACUGGCAGUAAAACUAGGAAUAUGUUCAUUGCACGGUCUUUAAUGUCGAGUUGUAUUAUUCAAACACAUGCUAUCAUUUUAAACCUUAAACAAAGGUACGGGGUCAAUACAGACGGAUAUCAAUGUAUGUCAUUGUGACAUUUCUAGUUGAAAAACAAAAAUUCCUCCCAUAGUUUGUUUGUAUAUAUGUCUUAUAAGUUUGCAUACGUUUUUACCGAGAAAGGCUCAUUGUUGAUUAAAUUAUCCUGGGAAGUUUAUCCAUUGCCCAGCGGAGUCAAAACUGACCAGGGGAAAAUGUGAUUUUUUUUCAAACCAAAUUUCGAGACCAACACCUUAACUACUUAUCGUAUGACUUUGUUUUCUGACAAUGAGGUACUUACAAAACAAAAUAUAGGUAACAACUGUUGUGUUAUUGUCAAGGUCAUAUGACGACAUUAUGACCAAUGACGUCAUCAAAUUGAAAUAAACUAUGAAAAAUGAAUCAUGAAAUUUACGUUGAAUUUCAUAAGAUGUCAUAAACAAGUGUUGUUUGCCUAGAAAACCCUAAAACUUUAUUGUUUAUACCUGGAUUGUUAUACCAAAGACUCUUGUUUAAAUUUCGUUGCCAUGGCAACAUGAAAAAAGGAUGAGCUUACUUUAUCUCAUUGCUAUCAACAUUUUCUGAUAAGAUACUAAGUUUUGUGGCCCUAGCCUCAGCCAUUCAGGAGCUCUGCGAUAUAAAACCUCCCCCGUCUUCACUUUAAAUGUGGUCCUUAUGCUCUUUUACAUAAAUGGUGAUAAUGACCUACAAUUAUUUACACCUAAUCAUGUCAAAACCUCCCACAUAGAUUGAUGAAAUUAUACAUAUAUACAUAUCACAAAAAGAUUCACAAAAAAUGUAUUUUUCCAAUCGUUAUGGAGUCAGAUUGACCCCAUUUGGUAAAAUUAGUCGUAAAAAACUACGGUGGUUUGAGGGUUAGAUAUUUUAAGAUUUUGUACUUUCUUGCGACCUGUCACUUUACUUCAGUUCCCCCAAACCCCCUUACGGUUUUUAUUUGA